AUGCCCGCACCCGCGACCUUGCUCACACCAAUUGCUUCCAACAACCCGGCCGUGCAGCAUGAUAUCAGCCAGGCGACUGUGGCUACUGCAAAGGCGAUGAUUCAAGUCAGAGAACCCCAAAGUCUCGUNGGUUCGUACUACGUGAUCACAAGAUCUCUGAGCGCCAAAGUUUACCAAGACUUGGUUGAUCGCGGCUGGAGAAGUUGUAUNAGAUCCGGCAACCUCAUCUACAAACCCGAUGUAUAUCGAUCAUGCUGCCCUCACUACACCAUCAGACUGCUUGCCAAAUCUCUCGCCACGAACAGCAAUCAGAGAAAGGCUCUGAACAGCUGGAACAGGUUUGUGCUUGGGGAAGAGUAUCUCAAAGAGACCACCAAGCGCUUUCCCAAGACAAAGGAAGAGAAAGCUCGACAGAGAAACGGCUUCGAUCUGUUGCAUACGUUGCAUGAAGCGGAAGUCGUCCAACUGAAGCCUGUUGCGCCAGCUCAUCGUUUUGAGGUCACCCUAGAGCCCGACAAUUGUACCGAGGAGAAGUUCCAGGUAUACAAAAACUACCAGAUCCACGUCCACCACGACGAGCCUGGGGAAGUCACAAAGAAAGGCUUUGAGCGCUUCCUCUGCAAGUCUCCCAUAACCAGAGAGACAGCNAAAAAGGACGGCAAGGAUCUUGCCCUUGGAUCAUAUCAUCAAUGCUAUCGACUCGAUGGCCGACUCAUUGCUAUUGGCGUACUUGAUCUCUUACCACAUGCAGUCAGUGGAGUCUACUUCAUCUACCACCAAGACUUCGAGAAGUGGAGUUUCGGCCGGCUCAGUGCAAUGAGAGAGGCUGCACUCGCGCUCGAAGGUGGCUACGAGUUCUACUACAUGGGCUACUAUAUUCACAAUUGCAUCAAGAUGCGCUACAAGGGCGACUAUAAGCCGCAAUAUGUGCUGGAUCCCGAGACUCACGAGUGGAAUCCGCUGGAUGGAGAGGUGCGCGAGCUCAUGACAGAGCAAAAGUAUGUCUCUUUGUCACGCGAGCGUAAGCACAAGGAUGGCGAGGAAGGAACUUCUUAUCUGCUGGAUACGCCAACUGAAGUCGCUGCAAGCCCGGAGGAUCUCUUUGAAUGGGGUAUGCCCGGUAUGAUGAGUGCUACAGAUGUUGAAGCACAAGUGGACCUCGACAAGAUGCGCAUCCACAUCAGCAAAGGAAUGACGGUACAUACAGAGGUGAGCCGACACCAUCCAUGUAUUUUGCCCAAGAUGCUGACACAAUACAGNGACCUUGUGGCGUGGGAAACUGGUAAUAUCGAAGACCCAAGCUCGAUCAAAGGUGUUGUGGGCAGAUAUGUUGCUAUGGUAGGACCCGAGGUUGCUAAGGCGGCCAUCCUGGACUUUUCUGGCCACUAA